UGUGAAUGCAAUGCAGCCAAGGUUGGUGAAGCAGAUGAAAGUCAGCACGAGGCAUUCAAUGAUUCAAAACACCCUUCCUCGUUCACUCUCUAUCUUCUUGCCUAUAUAUCCAUCACCAUUCUUUCUUUGCUCGCAACCUGAAACCUCCACACUUGCUCCUCCCUCUCUCCCUCCCUCCCUCCCUCCCAUGGAGCUCUUGCUAGUGUUGACCACAAUUCUCCUGCUCUACUCUUUCUUCCUCCUUUUAAAACUCGCAGACAAGGUUAGGAACCAGGGCUGCUACCUCAUCGACUACGCAUGCUUCAAACCCUCCGAUGACCGGAAGCUCCCGACCGAACUCUGUGGCGAGAUCAUCCGGCGGAACAAAUCGCUCGGCCUCGACGAGUACAAGUUCCUCCUCAAGGUCAUCGUCAACUCCGGCAUCGGCGAGGCCACCUACGGCCCAAGAAACAUCAUCCUCGGCCAUGAAUCCUCCCCCAACCUCUGCUCCGACGGUAUCAUGGAGAUGGACGAGUGCUUCCACGCCUGCCUCGACGCCCUCUUCCGAAGCUCCUCAUCCCCCCCCUCGGCCAUCGACGUGCUAGUGGUGAAUGUCUCCAUGUUCUCUCCUGCCCCGUCCCUGUCGGCGAGGAUCAUCCACCGGUACGGCAUGAGGGAAGACGUCGUGGCCUACAACCUCUCCGGCAUGGGGUGCAGCGCGAGCCUGAUAGCGAUCGAUCUGGUGAGGAAUAUGUUCAGAUGCCACGAGAAUAAGCUCGCACUCGUGGUGACGUCGGAGUCCAUCGCACCCAACUGGUACACCGGGAACAAGCGAUCGUUUAUGCUGGGCAACUGCCUCUUCCGCUCGGGCGGGUGCUCUUUCCUUCUGUCGAACGACCCGAAGCUACGGCACCGUGCCAAGCUGCAGCUGAAGCACCUGGUUCGCACCCACAUCGGUGCCAACGACGAGGCCUACAACUGCGCCGUCCAGAAGGAGGAUGAAGACGGGCGCCUGGGCUUCCAUUUGGGGAAGGAGCUGCCCAAGACUGCCGCUCGGGCCCUCUUCGAGAACCUCCGGGUGCUGGCUCCGAGAGUGUUGCCGGUCUGGGCGCUUCUACGGUAUGUGAUGGUGAGCCUGGCGAGGAGGGGGAAGGAGGCCAAAAGCGGCGGCGGCGGCGGCGGCGUCGUGAGGUUUAAGACGGGGGUCGAACACUUCUGUGUGCAUACUGGGGGAGCGGCGGUGAUCGACGGGGUGGGACGGAGUCUCGGCCUUGGGGAAUUCGAGCUCGAGCCGGGGAGGAUGACACUGCACCGCUUCGGGAACACGUCGGCGAGCAGCGUUUGGUACGUCAUGGGCUACAUGGAGGCCAAGGGGAGGCUGAGGAAGGGGGAGAGGGUGCUGAUGAUCACCUUCGGAGCUGGUUUCAAGUGCAACAGUUGCCUUUGGGUGGUGAAGAGGGACUUGGGGGAUGCUGGGGUUUGGGAGGACUGCAUUAAAGAGUACCCCCCAAAAACCCUAGCCAAUCCUUUCAUAGAGAGGUUUGGGUGGGUGAAGGACUUGCAAAGCCUCUGAAAUGGACUCCUCUAAGGUACCGUUACCACCGGUCUGCUUUUGUGGUGGACCUAAACUAGAUUUGUUUGUUUUGUUUAGGGGUACUUUCUUUAAAGGGUUGCUGGGAAAAGUCUGAUAGCUCCGAGCUCGAGACUGGGCUUGUUUGUCUCUUCACCAAUUAAUAAGGGGUGCUUUCUAGGAGGGGGAGGAGCCAUGUUUCAUUCAUUUUAGCUCCAGCCGAGCCUGAGAGGGUUCAUUAAGUGCUUCCCAUGAACUGGAAUAUACGGUAGCAGUAUACAGCCAUAGGUGCACGUUUUCUGGAAGUUGAUCUGUAAGUAGUAACGUGGCCUCUAAUAAGUUUCAGAGGGUCACUAAAUAAUAAACAUUGCAUGGCUAGCUCCUUGUUUGUUAGAGUUAAGGGUUCAAAAGAGUGAUUGCCAGCUGUAAGUUUGAGGAUGUGAUGCAUUUAGCAUCCAACUCUUCCAUAUUUGGGACGAAGGUUCUUACAUAUUUCUUA